GGCCCGCCCCCGCCCCUCCCGCCGGCCCGCCAGCGCGCCUCACGGCUCGUGUCUCCCCUCCCUCCUUCUCUCUCUCACGCCUAGCGCAAUGGCGGUGGCCGCGGCGGAGCAGCAACAAUUCUACCUGCUCCUGGGAAACCUGCUCAGCCCCGACAAUGUGGUCCGGAAACAAGCAGAGGAAACCUAUGAGAAUAUCCCAGGCCAGACAAAGAUCACAUUCCUCUUGCAGGCCAUCAGAAAUACAACAGCUGCUGAGGAGGCUAGACAAAUGGCUGCUGUUCUCUUAAGACGUCUUUUGUCCUCUGCAUUUGAUGAAGUCUAUCCAACUCUUCCUUCUGAUGUUCAGACCGCCAUCAAGAGUGAACUACUACUGAUUAUUCAGAUGGAAACACAAUCUAGCAUGAGGAAAAAAAUUUGUGAUAUUGCUGCAGAACUGGCCAGGAAUUUAAUAGAUGAGGAUGGCAACAACCAGUGGCCUGAAGGUUUGAAGUUCCUUUUUGAUUCAGUCAGCUCACAAAAUAUGGGACUGCGGGAAGCUGCCCUUCACAUUUUCUGGAACUUUCCUGGAAUUUUUGGGAACCAACAGCAGCAUUAUUUAGACGUCAUCAAACGGAUGUUAGUUCAGUGUAUGCAAGAUCAGGAACAUCCAUCGAUCAGGACGUUAUCUGCUAGAGCUACAGCUGCAUUUAUACUUGCAAAUGAGCAUAAUGUUGCUCUGUUCAAACAUUUUGCAGACUUGUUACCUGGAUUCUUACAGGCUGUAAAUGACUCAUGCUACCAGAAUGAUGAUUCGGUCCUAAAAUCCCUUGUUGAGAUUGCAGAUACUGUUCCAAAGUAUUUGCGUCCUCACUUGGAAGCAACUCUACAGCUAAGUCUGAAGUUGUGUGGAGACACUAGCCUCAAUAAUAUGCAACGCCAACUUGCCCUUGAAGUGAUUGUGACCCUCUCUGAGACUGCAGCUGCUAUGUUAAGGAAACACACCAAUAUUGUUGCACAGACUAUUCCUCAGAUGUUAGCAAUGAUGGUUGAUCUGGAGGAAGAUGAGGACUGGGCAAAUGCUGAUGAACUAGAAGAUGAUGAUUUUGACAGCAAUGCAGUUGCUGGUGAGAGUGCUUUAGACCGAAUGGCUUGUGGACUUGGUGGAAAGCUCGUUCUACCGAUGAUCAAGGAACACAUUAUGCAAAUGCUUCAAAAUCCUGACUGGAAGUACCGGCAUGCAGGAUUGAUGGCCUUAUCUGCCAUUGGGGAAGGGUGCCACCAGCAAAUGGAAGGAAUUCUAAAUGAGAUAGUAAAUUUUGUUUUGCUGUUCCUUCAGGAUCCUCAUCCAAGAGUAAGAUAUGCAGCCUGUAAUGCUGUGGGACAGAUGGCUACAGAUUUUGCGCCUGGUUUCGAAAAAAAAUUUCAUGAGAAGGUGAUUGCAGCUCUGCUGCAGACCAUGGAAGACCAACGCAAUCAGCGGGUGCAGGCCCAUGCAGCUGCUGCUCUCAUUAACUUUACUGAAGACUGUCCCAAGUCACUACUUAUCCCAUAUUUAGAUAAUUUGGUGGAACAUCUGCAUUCCAUUAUGGUACUUAAACUUCAAGAGUUGAUUCAGAAAGGCACCAAGUUAGUUUUGGAGCAAGUUGUGACAUCCAUUGCAUCAGUUGCGGAUACUGCAGAAGAAAAAUUUGUCCCCUACUAUGAUUUAUUUAUGCCAUCACUGAAGCAUAUUGUUGAGAAUGCAGUCCAAAAGGAACUCAGACUUCUGAGAGGAAAAACUAUUGAAUGCAUUAGCCUCAUUGGUCUGGCUGUUGGGAAGGAAAAGUUCAUGCAGGAUGCAUCAGAUGUGAUGCAGCUGUUGCUGAAAACCCAGACAGACUUCAGUGACAUGGAAGAUGAUGAUCCGCAGAUCUCUUAUAUGAUCUCGGCAUGGGCCAGAAUGUGCAAAAUCCUUGGAAAAGAAUUUCAGCAAUACCUUCCAGUGGUUAUGGGGCCUUUAAUGAAGACAGCUUCAAUAAAGCCUGAAGUAGCCCUCUUAGAUACCCAAGACAUGGAGAGUAUGAGUGAUGAUGAUGGUUGGGAAUUUGUGAACCUUGGAGAUCAGCAGAGUUUUGGUAUUAAAACUGCAGGACUGGAAGAAAAAUCAACUGCUUGUCAGAUGUUGGUUUGCUAUGCUAAAGAGUUAAAGGAAGGCUUUGUGGAAUACACUGAACAGGUUGUCAAACUGAUGGUCCCUUUACUGAAAUUUUAUUUUCACGAUGGUGUUCGAGUGGCAGCAGCAGAAUCCAUGCCUCUUCUCCUGGAGUGUGCAAGAGUCCGUGGUCCUGAAUAUCUCACACAGAUGUGGCAUUUUAUGUGUGAUGCUCUAAUCAAGGCCAUUGGCACAGAACCAGAUUCAGAUGUCCUCUCAGAAAUAAUGCAUUCUUUUGCAAAGUGCAUUGAAGUAAUGGGAGAUGGAUGCCUUAAUAAUGAACACUUUGAAGAACUGGGAGGUAUAUUGAAAGCAAAACUAGAAGAACAUUUUAAAAAUCAAGAAUUGCGGCAGGUUAAAAGACAAGAUGAAGACUAUGAUGAACAGGUGGAAGAGUCACUACAAGAUGAGGAUGAUAGUGAUGUUUAUAUUCUGACCAAAGUGUCAGAUAUUUUACACGCAAUAUUUAGUAGCUACAAGGAAAAGGUGUUACCGUGGUUUGAACAGCUGCUUCCAUUGAUUGUCAACCUAAUUUGUCCUCAUAGACCAUGGCCAGACAGACAAUGGGGAUUGUGCAUCUUUGAUGAUGUCAUAGAACAUUGUAGUCCAGCCUCAUUUAAAUAUGGAGAAUAUUUCUUAAGGCCAAUGCUCCAAUAUGUAUGUGACAACAGCCCAGAAGUCCGGCAAGCAGCUGCAUAUGGUCUGGGAGUUAUGGCACAGUAUGGUGGAGAUAACUAUCGCCGUUUUUGUACAGAAGCACUUCCACUGCUAGUAAGAGUAAUUCAGUCUGCAGAUUCUAAGACCAAAGAAAAUGUCAAUGCCACAGAGAACUGCAUCUCAGCAGUAGGGAAAAUUAUGAAGUUCAAGCCUGACUGUGUAAAUGUUGAAGAAGUCCUACCACACUGGUUGUCUUGGCUGCCACUACAUGAAGAUAAAGAAGAAGCUGUUCAGACUUUCAAUUAUCUGUGUGACCUGAUUGAAAGUAAUCACCCAAUUGUUCUUGGUCCAAACAAUACCAAUCUGCCCAAAAUAUUCAGUAUAAUUGCAGAAGGAGAAAUGCAUGAGGCAAUUAAACAUGAAGAUCCUUGUGCCAAACGCCUGGCCAAUGUAGUUCGCCAAGUACAGACUUCUGGAGGACUGUGGACUGAAUGCAUAUCACAGCUCAGUCCUGAGCAGCAGGCAGCCAUACAGGAGCUCCUGAACUCUGCUUGAAGGGCCUUAAUAUCACCCACCAGAAAACUAACUCCAAAUAAACGUUUACCCUUUUGUUUA